CCAUGCCGCCCGUCGCGAUGCCGCUGCUGCUCCUGCCGCUGCUCCUGGCGGCGCUGGCGGUGCCCGCCCCGGGCACGGCGGCGGCGGCGGGGGGCUGCGGGCCCUGCGACCCGGCGCGGUGCCCGGCGCUGCCGGCGCGGGGCUGCCCGCUGGGCCGGGUGCGGGACGCCUGCGGCUGCUGCUGGCAGUGCGGGCGCGGCGAGGGCGAGGCGUGCGGCGGCGGCGGCGCUGCGGGGGGACGCUGCGCCCCCGGCCUCGAGUGCGUGAAGAGCCGCCAGCGCCGCAAGGCGAAAGGCGGCCCGGUUCCCCCCGCCGCCGGCCCACCCGGCGUGUGCCUCUGCAAGAGCCGCUACCCGGUGUGCGGCAGCGACGGGCUGACGUACGGCAGCGGCUGCCAGCUCCGCGCCGCCAGCCUGCGCGCACAGAGCCGCGGCGAGCCCGCCAUCAGCCAGCGCAGCAAGGGAGCCUGCGAGCAAGGACCCUCCAUUGUGACUCCUCCUAAGGACAUCUGGAAUGUGACAGGAGCACAAAUCUACCUGAGCUGUGAAGUCAUUGGUAUCCCAACCCCUGUCCUCAUCUGGAACAAGAUAAUUCGAGGACAGUAUGGUGUCCAGAGGAUGGAGCUCCUGCCUGGGGACCGGGAGAACUUGGCUAUCCAGACCCGUGGGGGCCCUGAGAAACAUGAAGUGACUGGCUGGGUGCUGAUAUCUCCUCUGAGCAAAGAGGAUGCUGGGGAAUAUGAGUGCCAUGCAUCAAAUGCCAAAGGAGAGGCAACAGCUUCUGCAAAAAUCCAUGUUGUGGAAACUCUGCAUGAAAUAGCCCUGACCAAAGAUGAUGGUGCAGAGCUGUGAUGUGAGGACUUUCACUUACGCAGUUUUAAAUCAGUAUUUUGGAAAGCUGCAAGCUCUGGCUUUUUCUAGCUGACUAAUCAGUCCCUCUUAACACCUUUUUUCUCUGAGUCCCAAUUUGCUUGCACAUUUCUUUCACAGAUACAAAUAGAUUCACAAGCUUGAUUACAAAUUUUAAUUCUAUUUACAGGAAAUAAACGUACUUUUGAACAGCA